AUGGCACUGGUAGCUUCACAAUCACAGCAGCCCGAGCUGCAAAAUAUAUCAGACUUAUUGGAAAGUCUCACCGCAUCUCUUUCCUCCACUGGAACGUCGCUACCGAGCAACAAACGCGAAUCGCCUACGGAAGUUUCGAUCUUACCCCCGCAAGAUGGCAUUUCGCUGCUCGACACCAAAUGCGAUUUGCUGCUUUCGUACCUUCAAAACCUCGUUUUUCUAAUGCUUCUUCAACUGAGGGAACUACCUUCGAAAGGUGAUUCAGCAGAGGAAGAUGGCGAUUCCGAGUCGAGCCAAUCAAUUCGGGCACAGGUCACCAAUAAAUUAACCGAAUUGCGAACAUAUUUGGAUCGCGGUGUCCGUCCACUAGAGGGGAGGCUGAAGUACCAGGUUGAUAAGGUGAUCAAGGCGGCCGAGGAAGCAGAAAGGGCAGAGAAGGAUGCGCAGGCUACCAAGCCCAAGCCGAGCAAAUCUAAAAGCCAUGACGAAAGCGGCAGCGAGGGUGAAUCAGUAUCAGAGAACGCCAGCAGCGACGAAGAGGAUGACAGCGAAGAGGACGAAGACAUUGACGAGAUGGCAUAUCGGCCUAACGUGUCGGCAUUCUCGAAGAAGGUGGAACCCGAGGCCAAGGUUGACAAGAGUGCGCGGAACGCUACGAGUGAUGGCAUUUACCGACCACCGAAGAUUAUGCCGACCGCAAUGCCUACUACUGAACGAAAGGAACGCAAGGAGCGACCCACGCGCAGGUCCAACGUUAUUGAUGAGUUCGUCAGCGCUGAGAUGUCUUCGGCGCCGAUGGCCGAGCCAAGUAUUGGUAGCACAAUCGUUAAUGGAGGAAGAUACUCAAAGAGCAAGAAAGAGAGAGAGCACGAGGCCGAGCGUACUCGUUACGAAGAAACCAACUUUGUUCGUCUCGCAGGCGACAACAAGAAGGAGCGAGCCAAGAAGGCCGCGUCUCGUCGGGCUGAAGGUACUUUCGGAGGCGAGGAAUGGAGAGGUCUUACUGAAGGCGCGGAUCGUAUCUCAAGACUUACGAAGAGGGCCAAAGGAAGCGGAAAUGCGCUCGAGAAAAGUCGGAAGCGCAAGCCCACCGAGGACGGACAGCGUGGCGAUGGCGUCGGAGUCGGCCAGAUAUUUGAGAAGCGACGGAAGAAGGUUGAAUCUUGGAAACGGUAG